AGGGUAUAGGGCAGUGGAAGAGCCAAUCAACGAAUCGCGCAGCGCUCUCUUUAAGCCUGACAUAUCUCCAACAGGAACAAAUUGUCCCAACAAUCAACAUCCGAAUCUCCCGUGCGCAUCAGGGGUUGAGUGGAUAUUGCCCGGGCGGAUUGUACAGGGUUCUGGAACACAAUAACAGCGAAGAAUAUUUUGACUCUCAUCAUCCUUCUGGAUUGGAUCAUGUCAAUACUACCUUCGUUUGGGUUUACCCAGGAGCAAGUAGCCUGCGUCUGCGAGGUCCUGCAACAAGGAGGGAAUCUGGAGAGGCUCGGUCGUUUUCUCUGGUCUCUCCCAGCGUGUGACCACCUCCACAAGAAUGAAAGUGUACUGAAAGCAAAGGCGGUGGUCGCCUUCCACCGAGGGAACUUCAGAGAGCUAUAUAAGAUCCUGGAGAGCCACCAGUUUUCCCCGCACAACCAUCCCAAGCUGCAGCAGCUGUGGCUGAAAGCGCACUACGUGGAGGCGGAGAAAUUGCGCGGCCGACCGCUUGGAGCCGUGGGGAAGUAUAGGGUCCGCAGGAAAUUCCCUCUGCCCCGCACGAUCUGGGACGGCGAGGAGACCAGUUAUUGCUUUAAGGAGAAGUCAAGGGGUGUUCUGAGAGAGUGGUACACGCAUAACCCCUAUCCCUCCCCGCGAGAGAAAAGGGAGCUGGCCGAGGCCACGGGACUGACCACUACGCAGGUCAGCAAUUGGUUCAAAAACAGACGCCAGAGAGACAGAGCCGCAGAAGCUAAAGAAAGAGAGAACAGCGAAAACAAUAACUCCGGCAACAACAAACAGAACCAGCUGUCUCCCCUCGACGGCGGCAAGUCGCUCAUGUCCAGCUCGGAAGAUGAGUUCUCUCCACCACAAAGCCCUGAUCAGAACUCUUUGCUUUUGCUCCAGGGAAAUAUGAGUCACCCCGGCGUCUCCUCUUACCCUAUGACCGGCCUCGGUGGCGCACAGCCGCUGCAUGGAAUGCACGGACACCCGCACCAACUCCAAGACUCGUUGCUGGGACCUCUAACGUCGAGCCUUGUGGAUCUAGGCUCCUAAAGGCAAACUGAUACUAUCUUUGAAAAGACUGAUAACUCUACCAGAUUGAAUAGGCCUACAUAUAUGAAAUUAAACUGUGGUAACUUAUAACUAGACUGACUUUUGUCUGUCGUUAAAUUUGGUUACAACUAUAACGCAAUUCCUUUAUGCGCUUAUCCGAUUUAGGAGGUACCCUCCUGCCCGUCAAUAUACAACCAACCCCCUUUACGAACUCUUAAAUCAACGAGACACUUAAACUGGACUGCCCUUUGCUUAAUUUAUGAUAUUUUUGUUCGGAUUAAAUGUAUAGCAACUUCCUGCUAUGGAAACUAAGAAACAACGUUUUCAUUAGAAUCAUAAUAAUGAGUUUCCAAUAAAACAAAAAAGACGUCA